AGCUGCUCACACAACCUACCUACCCACCUUGAGACUCCAACGUCUACCCUUACAUUACCUUAUUACUUUAUACUUCACCUCACUUACCUUUACCUUAAUAACUUGACAACCACCACCCAAAACUUCAAAGCAUUCACACCAAUAACCUCACACUUGGAAGCAACUUGUCCAUGUGCGUCGCACUCUGCAGUCAGCGCCCGUCCUCAAACAUCAACAUUUAGACUGCAACAUACGAGGCGCCAUGGACCAGUCUAUCAUUCGCAUCUCCAAGGAGCUGGGUGACAUCCAGAAGAACUGUGACUUGUCGCUCGCCGUAGCAUGUCGCGACAUCGAUGUUCGCAAUGUAAAGGCCCUGAUCAUGGGUCCCCAUGAGACUCCCUAUGAAUUUGGGUUUUUCGAGUUUGCCAUUCGGUUCCACAAAGAGUAUCCUUCCAAAUCCCCGAGUGUAAUCUGUGUCACCACAAACGGGGGACGUUGUCGCUUCAACCCCAAUGUAUACAGCAACGGGAAAGUCUGUCUGUCAAUUCUAGGAACAUGGCGUGGUGAGCGUGGAGAGGAGUGGUCAUCUGCGCAAGGACUUGAAUCAAUCUUAUUAUCCAUCCAAAGUCUCCUAUCAUCUAACCCAUACGAAAACGAACCGGGCUUCGAGGAUGCUAAUGAUGAAAGCGACAAGAAAAACCAAAAGGACUAUAUCCAAAAGAUUCGACACGAGACACUACGUAUCAGUGUCAUCCAACGUCUGGAAGGCUACCUCGGAAUGGGCACCAGUGGCACCCAGUUGCACAGUCUUCCAGGAGCGAAUGAGAUGGACGAUGAUGACAUUGACGAGGCUACCGUCCCCUUUGAGCCUUUUAGAGAUCUGUGCAAACGCCGCUUUCUUUGGUAUUACGAAUCAUACCUCGCUGCGAUCGAAAAAGGCAAAUCAGAGACCAAGCCCAACCAGCCUUUUACGAGAAUGCCGUUUGAGUCGCCAGGAAACAACUCAAUGGAUGGGAAAUUCAAUUAUCCCGAGCUCAGCAGCCGCCUGCAUGCCAUCAAGGCUGCUAUCGACGCGGAGCCUGAGAAAUGGGCCGCUGAGGGCCUAGAAGCUAAGAAGAAGGAGACAACUGUUGCUGUUAACCUUCAGCAUCAGUUUGAGCAGGUUGUCGAAGUAUUCAAGCGAGGCGACAUGCCGCAUGACGUUUUUCUCGAGAACGAGAACCCCUUCGUCUGGGUAAUAACCUACUUCGGGCGCCCUAUGACCAACCUCGACGGUGGUCUGUUCAGAAUCAAAAUGAACUUCAGCGUCCGUUUCCCUGAAGAGCAACCUCGUGUCAAGUUCGAGACCAAGAUCUUUCACCACCACAUCGCUACAGAUGGUACAGCAUGCUACACUCCGAACCCUAUGAAAAGGGAAGAUGUACGAUCCCAUAUUGAUGCCAUCUUUGCGAUACUUGAAGAUGACGAGCCAGCCUAUGACCCACGCAAAAUUGUGAACCCGGAAGCGACCAAAAUGUACUGGGGAGGAAGCCCAGACGACAAGAAGAAGUACAACCGACGUCUUCGCCGAUCCGUACAGCAGAGCAUGGAGGACUUCCCAGAGUAACUCGCAUGCUCCGUCAGGCUUAAUACUAGGAUUUUAGAUGAAAACAUCAUGGGGCGUACUGGGCCAACAUCAGGGGCAUUGAUCUGAUUUACAUGGCGUUGGGAGCCUGUGGUUUAUGCUGAAAUGACAUGGUCUGAGGAUUGGACGAUUUCUUUAAAAUGCAGUUGACUUGAUUUGCCGUGACCAGGUUGUGAUACGUGUGGCACAAUCAACACAAGGCCACUAGAUAUAUGAGAUACCAAGUCACUCUAUUUCCUUGCCCCAGUGAAAAGCUAUCGAUUUACUUUUGAUUUUGGAAUACGAGACCGCAGACCUUCCUAUAAUGAAGAUGCUUUCUUCAAACACAAGGUUGAUUGAGAGGC